AUGGUCCUCGACGGCGGCAUCAUCACCAUCCCCGCGGCGAUCAGCCUCAUCAACCUCCUCUUCCACGUCUUCAAACGCAUCUCGAAAUGGCUCAAGCGGCGGGCCAACACGCUCUGGAAAGAGGACCACCGCAUCCUCAAGAUCGUCAAGGACUACUGCUCACGCAACUCCAAUCCAAACGCGAAGUUGCCCGAUUACAUACAAGUGCUGGUCAGGCGGCUGGAGGUCAGGAAGCUCCAGUGGAUGGACGCGCCCGAGGCUGCGGCGGCGGUGCGCGAGGCCAAGGCUACUGAGAGAUAUCAGGAUCCUGGGUAUACGACGGACUUCGAGGACUCGGAUGUGGGAUCUGGGGCUGAUGACGAUAAGGAGACGGAUGAAGAGGAUGAUGACAGCAACAUUGAUGAAGAUGAGGAAGAGGAUGACGAUGAUCAUAUCGAUGAUGACAGCGAGGAUGACGAUGAGGAUGAUGGAGACGACGACGACGACGAGGAGGACGAGGAGGACUCAGACAACUACGCCGGCAGCUACGAUAGUGACGACAGUGACGCUAACUAUGACAGCGAUGACUCGUGA